AUGUCUUCCUCUGUCCGUGCCUCGCACCUCCUCAUCAAGCACUCUGGCUCGCGGCGUCUGGCGUCGUGGCGCGACCCGGACGGCGAGCGAAUCCGUGCCACCGACAAGAGCGAUGCCAUUGCUCAGCUCAAAGCCAUCCGUGAGCGGAUUGUGUCGGGCGAAGUGACCUUUGCCGAUGCUGCUACUGAGCUCUCCGACUGCUCCUCUGCUCGUAAUGGUGGUGAUCUGGGUCACUUUACCCGUGGCCAGAUGCAGAAGCCCUUUGAGGAUGCUACCUUUGCCCUGGCUGUCGGUGACCUCUCUGAUGUCGUCGACACUGACUCGGGCGUCCACAUCAUCCUCCGCACUGCCUAG